AUACGGCGAGUGAAUCAAGUGAAAACGAAAACAAAAAAUGGUCCCGUUUUGAACGCAGAGCAGAGCUACUGCUGUGUCUCAAAGUGCUGUUUCUGGACACGAGGGUAACUAACCUGAGGUUUUAAUGUUUAUCUUCACUCAUGUCUGACUGAAGCUGUCAUGGCAGAGAAGCCUUGCAAAGUGUGUAACUUCACCCGCCAAAACCUUUACGGGUUGGCAGCGCCUUCUUUGGGUCACCUCAAAAUGAAGGGGAGUGAAGUGUUGGGGUUUAGUCCAGGAGCUUCCGUCUCAGUGGUGCUCGAGGAUGAUGGCACUAUUGUGGAGGAUGAAGCCUACUUCCUGUGUCUGAACUCAAAUACCAAAUUCAUGUUGCUGUGUGAUGGUGAGGUGUGGAGACCUGCUAAAAAAUAUGAUGGAGGCACCGCGUGGCUCAGCAGAGAGUCUGUUGAUGUGGAGAGAGACAUGGUGGACAAUGUCAGUGGUGUGGAACCCUGGUGCAGUUUAGCACACCAGCUCAAACAGGACCUGGCCAGCAUCAUUCUGAUGUCCGAGGCAGAUCUGCAGAGUCUGGUGGAUGCUCCCUGUGCAGAUCUAGCCUCAGUACUGGGCUUCCCUGAUCAGAAGACCCAGGAUUUACAAGACACCUUACAGAGAGUCCUGGACCGCAGGGAAGAGGAGAGGCAGUCCAAAGAGCUUCUGCAGCUCUAUCUGAAGGUUGUGGAGAAGGAGCGUGGUCAGACGCUGCAGCAAGAAGGUCAACCUGUGCAGGAUGAAAGAGAUGGGAUGGAGGUGGAUGGAGCAUCAGGCUUCAACUCGAGGACUCUGCUGGUUCUGAAGGGCAGAGCUAGUCCUGAAACUAGACUCUCCAAUGAAGAACUGCAGGAGGUGCUGAAGCAGGGUGUGGAGACUUUGAUGGAUGUGUUGGACUGGGACAGGGAGAGGACCACUGACUUGGUGCAGGCCUGUGAAGGGGAGCUGAAUAAACGCCUACAGCAGGUUCAAGCUCUGCAGUCUCUCAGCGCUCACUCCCAGCAAAGCAAGUCCACGUCUGCAGAGUCACACGAAGAGGAACCACAAACUAAACGGCAUAAAUAGCUCAAGCAGUGCUUAGGAACAGAGCCGGAGAUACACAUUCAGUUACAUGUUUCAGUAUAUCUUACAUUGUACGAUUUUUUUCAUGUGAAAAUGGCAGCUGCUCUUUACAUUAUGUGAACCCUUGAUACAAAUGGACCAAAAAAGUGGUCUAAAAUUACUCUGAAUACAUUUUUGAGCUCUGAAGCUUUGAUUCUGACUGUGAUGUAUAUGUUUCAUAUCAUGUUUCAUUAUUUUUCAUCUCCAAAAUGUACAGCCUCCAGUCCUGACUGAUGUAGGUCCAUUUUUAGAUCACAUGCAUUAAGACCAUAGCUUGUUAUCUGAUGUGGUCUGGUGUCAGAAAAAGUAGAUUAUCAGUGACAACAUUGUGCUUUGUAAUUUACUCCUGCAUAAAAAGCAGUUAGUCUUUUGAAAGUAGUAGUUGCUUGUUAUUAUGGCAUAGCAUUAUGGCUUAGAUAGCAACCUUAUAACUGACUGUGCCAUUUUCAAUACAAUCUUUUCUAUAAUGUUGAGAAUUUUAUAAAAUGAUCCAUGUAGCAAUAGUAGAAAUAGCUAUUACAAAUGGCAGGACAGGACUUUUUGUACAUGUCCUCAAUGAAACCUUUUCUUUGCUCAA